AUGCCCAAAGCUUAUCAAGAUACAGUUCGUAUUGCGCGAGCAUUGGGCGUCAAGUAUAUAUGGAUUGACGCGCUUUGUAUUAUUCAAGACGAUGUUUCAGACUGGGAGACAGAGUCGAAAAUGAUGGCAGAGAUAUUUCAGAAUGCCUUGAAAUCGCCUUGGCGGGCCCGCGGCUGGACAUUUCAAGAGGACAUGUUUGCAACCAGGAAGCUAUAUUUUGGCCAUAUGAUGAUGUAUUGGGAUUCCUUUCAGCCUCCUGAUGUUAUGAGAACUGAGGAUAAGAUAAUCGAUGAUGCACUUGACCGCGUCAAAACUGCCAAGCUACCUAGGAUUCAGUCAUCAUCUGGGUUGUUAUCUGGUUAUGACUACGACGCCUGGUACCAUUCAAUCGUUGAUUAUUCUGAAAAACUACUUACAUUUGAGACUGAUCGACUGCCAGCCGUGUCCUCUUAUGCCAAGCUUAUUGCUGGCGAGGAUGUAUACUUGGCUGGUCUGUGGAAGAAUGACCUUCAUCGUGGCUUGCUUUGGAAAAUACAGAGGAAGAAGCGAAAAACCUUUGGUAGUCUAAUGAGCGAUUUG